UCUCACAGCUAGCUCACACUCCUCACUGAGCUAAGCACCAACCUCGACUGCCCAAGGAAGCCACCUGCCAAUCACCCAGCACUCUGCCGGUAGCCAUGGACAUGGGCCUUGAGGUCUCGAGCUCCUCCCCAUCCUCCUCGUCGCUGGCCAAGCGCCCCGCGGGGCGCACCAAGUUCCGCGAGACGCGGCACCCUGUGUAUCGUGGCGUGCGGCGCCGGGGCAACGCCCAACGGUGGGUCUGCGAGGUGCGCGUCCCUGGCAAGCGCGGCGCUCGGCUCUGGCUCGGGACUUACGCCACGGCCGAGAUUGCAGCGCGCGCCAACGACGCCGCCAUGCUCGCCCUGGGCGGCCGCUCCGCCGCGCUCCUCAACUUCCCGGACUCCGCGUGGCUGCUCGCUGUGCCGUCCGCGCACUCCGAUCUCGCCGACGUCCGGCGCGCGGCGGUCGAGGCCGUCGCGGAUUUGCAGCGACGGGAGGCUGCCGGUGGGUCCAUCACCGCCACCGCCACCGCCACCGCCGCCGAGGAGGCCUCCUGUGGCGCUCCUGCAGAAUCGUCGUCUGAGUCUGACGAUGCCGGUUCGUCGGAGACGUCGAAACCUUCCGCCGAUGGAGACUUCGCGGUGCCGGGCGGAAUGGACAUCGAAAUGUUCAGUAGGCUUGACUUGUUCCCGGAAAUGGACUUGGGCUCGUACUACGCGAGCCUCGCGGAGGCGCUGCUCAUGGACCCGCCUCCGGUGGCGACUGGCACCGGCGCGUACUGGGAUAACGGAGAGUGCGGCGAGGCCGAGGGGGCAACUGAGUUCGCGCUCUGGAGCUAGUAGCCGAUUCUGCUUUUGUUUUGACUCUGUAGCGUCUUUUUUCCCUUUGCAAAGUUUUCCAAUUUCGUUUUUUCUUUUGCGGGUGAAAGUUUUCCUAUUCCGGGAGAAGACUCUGUAGGCCAUAGCUAGCAAAUUGAAGCUGAUUGCAAUGGAGCAUUCAUUAUGACACA